AUGCGGUGCGAUCCGUUCGGACUUACUGACGGUCUUACCGACGCUCUGAAACAAGGGCAGUUCAUCAGAAUGGGGAGCCUCAGGGCUUCCACACUCCUUCUCGCUACUUUAUCAUUAGGAUUACUACAGUUAUGUCGAGGUCUUUGCACUCGAAAUUUCUUUGCUCAACCAGUGAUCUAUGACAAAGCUAUGGGUAUUGAUUUCUACUUUACUGGGAUAAAUAUCGUAUCAGUGAGUGCUUGUGCUGAGUUUUGUGGAGCAAGAAGGUUCUGUCGAACGGCCAUCUUUAAUUCUUUCACAAGGACCUGCGCGAUUUCCUAUGAAUAUACACUGAAUUGCCGGUAUAAUAAGAAUCGAUAUACGGAUUUUGAUGUGAGACACACGACAAGUCAUUUGAUUCAAGUGGCUUGUGUAUCGAAAUGCGACGAUGAACGCUCUUCCCAUAUGCCAUUAACGACGGCAGAAGGUGCGGAACUUCCGCAAACAUUGAAAAAGGUAGAGCUGAUCACUGGUGAGCCACACGAUGGAAUUCAUGGUUCCAACACGUCACCAAAGGAAAUACGUUUGGCAACGCAACUAAGGAUGUCCUCAAACGUGCCGACGGAAAAAAUUCGGAACAGAGUGUCUACGGCGAACGAUUCGCGAACACUGCUAGUCGAGGAUGCCUUCGUUGAUUCCUUAAAGAAAAGCGGAUCUUCCUUAGUUUGUUUCCGAACGAUUGAACAUCGAUAUUUGCUGGGAGGAUCGUUCGAACAACACAGCGAUACUACCAUUGAUGAAUGCAGAUGUCUUUGUGCAGAAACAUACUCUGCUACGCGUCUUCAUCACUGCCGAUCUUUCCAAUGGUAUAAUAAAUCCGGAAAAUGUACUCUUAACAGAGGCUCUCAUAUGGGGAAAUAUGAUCUCAUUGAGGAUUUAGAAGCAACUUAUCAAUUCGUUAGCUGUGAAGUUCAAGUGCUUCUCGGUGUAGCCAACAAAGUAUGUAACGAAGAUGGAAAAGCUGUAGGAUUUAACGGGACUGAGGAAACUCUAGCUACGACUUCAUUGCCGAACAUUAAAAAAUCAAGCGGUGAUACUUUCCCUGAAAUUCGUACAACUAUGUGGAACUUUAUGACAGAACCGUCAACAACAUCGUACACUACCGUAACGACGGAGACUGCAGAGACUACAACCUCUACCGUUCAUCCAGUGGAAAAAAUAACAUCCACAGAAAGUUCAGAGAUGGACGUUGAAUCUACUACUCCAACGGAAAUUACAACGACUGAAUCAAUAACAAGCACUGUAUCAUUGCCUUCUGAACCCAGUACCACAGAAGAAGAACAUCAAGAGGUCACGGAACCUCCGAAUACAACGGAAGUUGAAGCUGAGAGUUCGCCGAUAACAAUGAUAACGACUACUUCUCCAGAAGAGAGCCUUCCGGGGAAAGAGAGUGAAAGGGAGACUCCCUCGUUUGAAAUAGUGAGAAAUGGCUGUUUCGAGGAAAUCUCCGGAUACAUAAUGACCAACGUCGCUGGUGGACUCGAACAUGAUGUUUCCAUAGAGGAAUGCAAAUGUUUCUGUGCAAAUAGCAAAACUUCUCGACGAUACUCAUUUUCAUGUCUAUCAGCCACAUACUAUCCUGAUGAACGUGAUUGUAUUCUGAAUCUGGAUGAUCGAAAUAGAAGUCCUCAACUUCUGGAAAAACAAACCGAUAUAACCGUUACUUACAUCGGAACAACGUGUGGAAAAGAUGAAACGAUCGCUUCGCUUGCCAAUAGUUCACUUGAUGCAAAUUGUAGAGGAACCACAUCCGCUCCAACGACGACAAUGACACCAAUGAAGCGUAAAAUGGGAGCAAAUUCAGAUGACUGUUUCCUUGAGUUCUCCGAUUUUGUUCUCGAAGGCACAGCAUUGGCCAUUGAGACUUCUAUUUCUGUGCAACAAUGUAAAUGUCGUUGUAUUAGAGGAGAAUCGACGUAUGGAGAAGGUUGUCAAUCAUUCGAGUACUAUUUCGACAGUAACACAUGCCUUAUUAAUAAGCAAAACAGGUUCUCAACUCCAGAACAUUUCAACUUCGUCCCAAACUCUCCACCACGUAGUUAUUUCGAGCAGAAAUGUGCUACACGAGAUGAAAUUCGCAAGAAAUACCUCGCAGAAUAUUGCGCAACCGACUCUAAUGAUCUACAAGACAAUAAAGUCGGUGUUGAAGGAAAUCCAAGCGAGUCGAAACGCGAGGCAAAUGAAAAUGAAUUUGAAGAAACCAGUAGCAUACCGAUUACGAGUACAUCUAGAGCACACUUUACGGAUAGUAAAAUUGUGGAGGUCCCUAGGUUUACUACUUCGAAGAAGACGUUAUUAAUCGAAGGAGAUGCUGGUCAGGCCGAAAAGACUACAACCAUACCUUUUCCAUCAACUGUGACAAUGGUCUAUAAGAGGGGAAACCCCAAACCACCUAAGUGGAAUAGCGACAGUCGAACGAGUGGUGGCUUAAAUUCGCAUGUUGAUGAAAACAAACAAAAAUCCACAGCCUACGAAAUUCCCGAAGCCGAAAGUGAAGAGAGUCAAACUCGCCGACGAAAAAAUCGCAAACAUCGUACGACCGCAGCUCCUCCAACACGAAAACCGAAACUGAAACGAUACAUAGUGAGAGCCUAUGUGAACAAAAAUAUACCGGAAACAGAUGGUCUGGAUGAAAGGGAGUUUGAUAAGAUUAUUGAAUUAGAACUGCCCGAUGAUUACAAAGGUGACCCUUCCAAGUUUGUACCGCCUUUGGAUGCAGAGGAUGUAGUAGUACAAUAUCCAUCACGUCUUUCUGGAGUCAGAAGUGUAAAAUUUGACACAAAAAGAAAAAAGUGGCUGGAAGAAGAUGUGACGACAACGACAACGACUACAACUACAACUUCUACGACAACUACCAAAGCUCCGGAUUUCACUCCACCGUCAGCGCUCGUUUAUCCUUCCGUAGGACGCUGUACUUACAGUGCUAUGUAUCAAACAGCUUUCCAGGGAACUAAAUUAAUCAGAAGUAUUUAUGUGAAAAGUCCUGGCGACUGCUUCGCCGCUUGCUAUGCUCACGGUUGCCGUUCCGCAAAUCUUAUAUCGAACGGAGCGAUGAACACAUGUGAACUGUAUCGUGACUCAAUAAUCGACUAUCGUAGCAUUGGUAUGAUAUCCUACGAUGGUUCAACCGUCUACUUUGAUGGAAUUAAAUGCGAUGGACCGUAG